CGUGCGCUUGUGUGUGUGUGUGUGUGUGCCUGCGCUACUGCUGCCGAAAGGGGGUUAAAGAGGAAAUGGACAGAGGCCACCAUCGGCCUCUCGACCACGAUGAUGAUGAAGCGCGCCUUCAUCAUCGCCGUCGUCGUCUGGGCCUGCGUGCUCUUCACGCUCGUCGACGCUGCUGGGUGUUUCUACGACGACCAAGUCUGCUGCAAGUGCCCAUCAGCGAAGAAGAAGGGCAAGAGGACUGUGUUCCGAUGCGCAGACAACGGCGUCUGUCCGUCCAAGUGCAAAGCCGUCAACGAUGACCGGUGCCACGGUACGCCGAGGACUGUGACAACCACAAAGAAGCACAAUCACAAGGAAACGACCAAGCAGCAGCAACAGCAGCAGCAGACUAGCUCGCCUGCACAGCCAGAGCCGAGCAGCCACCAAUGGCUUCCCGAUCCUCUGCCUGACUUCUUCUAGACUACAAAAGACGGACAUUGCAAUGCAUGCUAUUCAUCUUC